UCAUUUUCGUCGUAGAUCGCAGGCGAAAGUAUCAAGUCUAUCUGGUGGAAAAAGCUGUAAUCCAUCAUAUGUGCGCAUUGUGCAGCAUCUGUAAGACGAAACACUUCCUCACACUUGGAUCUGUCUUUGGAGAUCAUAAAACUACACCGGAUGCUAAGAUCCCAUCACCAUCUGCAGUUGAGUGUUGUGUCUAAACAGAUGAUUAUGUCGCUCGACAGAAUAGUGUAAACAGCGUAUGAACCGAUCGCGAGAAUGUUUAAUAUGGAACUUACAUAGACGUAAAAAACCCUAAAUCCCCAGGUCUCAAAGCCUCUCUUAUUGUAUAAAAACUAUCGGUAAAGAGAGACAACGUGAACACAAGAGCGAGACAGAGAGAAAAACGUGAAAAACACAUAGUCCAGUAUUUUCUACGGCACAGCAUAGCUAUUUAAAAGCGCAAGUAACACAGUAUAACGUCUUCAGGAUGCGAGGCUUGGUGAACAUUCUUUUUUACUGGUCAUUGCUGAUGAUCAUAAAAGGUUCCCUGAGCCGGGCACGACUCGCUGACGGUAGUCUCCGAUGUGUCUCCUAUGCAUGCAAGGACGGCGAGUGCAAGGAGGGAAUAGACGUUUGUGAAGAGUCCGAACCAGAUCGUCCAGUAGGUUGCUUUGUAGUGUGGACGACCAACAAUGUGACCAACGAAGUUAACGUAACUAUGAAGGGUUGCUUCAACAAUCCAACUGAAUGCAACAAUACUGAGUGCAUCGAUACGGCAACAGAUACUAAAAAGAACCUAAAUUACUGCUGUUGUCGAGGCAGUAUGUGCAAUAAAGAACAUCGUUGGGUGCCAGUGGCAACUAAAGCACCAGAAGUGAUGCAGGCAGCCAACAAGGAUACAAACAUGGUGAUUUUUAUAGUACUUGGAUCGGCUUCUUCCGUGAUCGCACUGGCCGCGUUGCUUAUUUACUAUGUCACUCACCAGAAACAAGCGAUGUUUAACGAAAUUCCCACGGUUGAACCGGAUGUAUCAAGUUCGUCGACGAACAUUUCACACCGUCCGAUUGAUUUGAAGGACAUCAAAGCGCAAGGUCGUUUUGGGGUUGUGUGGCGAGCACAACUUAACACCCAAGAGGUAGCAGUGAAAAUAUUUCCUAUGCAGGAGCGACAAUCGUGGUUAACGGAGCAGGAUAUUUUCAAGCUUCCACGCAUGAACCAUCCGAAUAUUCUUGAAUUUAUUGGAUGCGAGAAGCGAGCGGAUGUGGCAAGCACUGAUUUUUGGUUAAUCACAGCCUACUGUGAAAAUGGUUCACUCUGCGACUUUCUCAAAUCGCACACUGUUUCAUGGAACGACCUGUGUAAGAUCGCCAGUACGAUGGCAAGAGGUUUAACACACCUGCAUGAGGAAUUCCAAGGAACGCGGACUGAAGGUUUGAAGCCUUCCAUUGCCCACCGUGACUUUAAGAGUAAAAAUGUAUUACUUAAGGCGGAUCUGACGGCAUGCAUAGCCGACUUUGGACUGGCACUUGUGUUUAAUCCAGGUAAAUCGUGUGGUGAUACACACGGUCAGGUUGGAACACGUCGCUACAUGGCACCCGAGGUGCUCGAGGGCGCGAUCAACUUCACACGUGAUGCAUUCCUACGCAUAGAUGUGUAUGCGUGUGGUCUCGUUCUCUGGGAGCUGGUGUCGCGAUGCACUGUUCACGGUGGUCCCGUCGACGAAUAUCGCUUACCUUUCGAAGCUGAACUCGGACCCCAUCCGACGCUCGAGGAAAUGCAGGAAAACGUCGUAAUGAAGAAACUACGCCCGCGUAUUUUCGAUGCUUGGCGCAAUCACUCGGGACUAAAUGCAAUUUGUGAAACUAUGGAAGACUGCUGGGAUCACGAUGCGGAAGCGCGCCUAUCAUCGUCCUGUGUGCUCGAACGUUUAUCGCAAUACACGCGCUUUCCGACAGCACGACAAUUUUUUGUGGCUACCACUACUAAUACAACGAGCUUGGGAAGUGCCACCAGCAAUGAACUACCACCGAAAAUAGCAUCAGAGAGUGUGUGAAAAAUAGCGAAGGAGGGUAGGGAAAUUGCGAUUGUUGUGCCUCGCCAAUGCAAAUAAUCCCUGGAAAUCCGUUUGACCACUUUCUUUCUAUUUCGUUUACUUUCAUUUCAUAUUAAAAAUAAGUAGGGAUAUGUUUCUAACGAUUAGUAAACACAAGUUUUAUACACACAUGUACAUUGCAAACGCAAUUCUGCAGCUGUAUAUUCAUACGACGUAUCCAUCAUAGUUGUAACAAUUAGUGUGGUAAGAUGUGGGUGUCGGCGCGCGUAUGCUCUUAGAACCAGACUGUGCUCCUUUAAAUUCGGAGUAACAAAGAUAAUGGGGUGAGGGGGGGGGAUAAAUAUAAUGAUAGACUCCAGGGUGAUUCUCCUAUUCCCUGCUACAAUAAUAUGUCUUCAAGAUCAGCCAUAAAAUAGUUGGGGUUAUUUUUCAUGUAAAUGUUUUUUUUUAUUUGAUUUUAAUAAUUAUUUCCCUCGACCAUCAACCGUCAUAUCUUAUUGAUCACUUAGUUUUUAGCCCCCGUUGAUGGAACAGUCGGUAACGUUCGUAGUUGUCAAGCAGCAGGCGCUUUGAAUUUAACCGGUUGUUACGCCCGGGGGCGGUUGUUACGCAGCUGACAAUGGGUUCAAUUCCCGAUAACAGCGUGACAUGGGGGUUGGCGCGGGGCCAACAACUCCGCCCGUAAAAACACACCGUUACAGAGGGCAACAGAGAUUAACAUUAUCUCUGGUGCAGGCCAAGACCACUCGGCGGUUGUAGGCGGAUAAGAAGAAGAAGUUAGGUUAAGGUCUAGCACCAAUUAAAUGACGUGCGUAAGGUUUUAAUUGAUUUAGUUGAAAUUGUAUGGUUCUAUGUGUGUUUAAUGAAAAGAACGGGUUUCAAGUGGAACAAUGUUAGCUAUUUAUUCAAUACAGAAAGAUUUAUGGGUAUUAUACAAAUAUUCAAAAAAUCUUCUCACCAUAUGUUACAAUAUUGUCCAAUUUUUGUAGAAUUCAAAGAUCUAUCAAUCCGUUGUUCAUUAAUCUUCGCCGCUUCGAUUACUCGAUUUCAAGGCGUAAGAUUUUCGAACUGGUAUACUGACAGUACAACCAUUUGAACACCAAGAAAUCAUCUUUUGAAAAUAUUAUGUUGUGAGUUCUCAAAAUGCCACUCAAUUGCAUGCCUUGAACCGAUUGUUUCUUGGUUCUUAAGACAAAGUAGAAAUCGUUGACCGAAUCAAGAUUUGUUUAUAGUAUCAAGUUAGCUGUACAAAAACAAAAGGAACACAUGAAAAACCCAACAUCUAGCAGAUGAACUUAAUCAUAUCUGGACUUUUCAUAAAAAAUACAUUCUUGGUUCAAACAAACGUUCCCCUUUACAUUGAUAUAUUUGUCGGCAAACACUAUUAACUGAGUUCAGUUGAUGAACAAAGCUAUUGUUGCUAAUUCAUCUGGAUUUUGAUUUUUCUUAAACCAAUAAUAAAUGCAAACUCAAGGAUUGCGAACUGGAUAAACUCAGUUUUGACGUAAAACAUCAAUGUUCUAAUUUUAAUGGUAGUAAAACAUAUAAUACUUUUGACUAUUCAAAAAUGGUUGUGCUUGCCCGCAGUUGAAUUAUACAUUUUUCUAAAUAUAUGUGUUCAACUGGUAACAUCAAAUUGUAUGCUAUGGACAAUUUUUGUCUGCUCUGGAUUGCAUUUGAGUGGGUUGUGUUUGAUUAUUCAAUAUUCAAGUAAUUAUCGAAUGUUUUUAUUCGUUCAAUUUGGUGGGAAGUUUAAAACGAAUCAAUACUUCAUACACAUUUGUUCGUAUCGCCGAAUAAUUUCAAUGCUCUGGUAUGUUCAAAGUUAUUUCAUGUUUAAAUGUACGUUCUCAUUUUAAAUACAAAAACUAUGCUGUGCUAGUCCUCGAUUGGAUGUGAAACAUUAUCUUUAGUCUUUUUACACGUUCAAUAAAAUACUUUUGGAAACCCUUUUUAAAUUAACGCUUGAUUAAUAGAAAAGAACUCUGAACUGACGAAAAUGCGAACACCGAAUAUUGAGAAAAUAUAAAUGACACAAAUGACGACUCUACCAUUUUCAAUUCAUGUCUCUGAAAGGUGGAGCCAAUGCAAUUUUCAAGUAAACACAGAGCAACUCUUCAUAAGCAACAGCCGGUUUGUCGAUCUCGUUUUACGAAUUUAUCGUUGUUAAGGUAUACUGAGGACUAAGUUUCUGUUUCUUUGCCUGUUAUGUUGUUUCAAAAUUGUAACAAUUGCAUUGAUGCAGUUGUUGCUGCCUACAACUGGAAUCGUUUACCAAAAGCAGUCUAGAAGCUUGUGACAUUGCAGUUUUUGUUGCUCUUUAAAAACGUAAAGGAUCAGUUGUACCAAAUUGAACUAUUUUGUAUAUAGACAAACCGCAGAAUAGAAAGAGAUGAAGUGCCUGCGAAAUGGUAAUAUUUUCGCUGUGCCUUUUUCUUGAAAUUCGGAAAUAUAGUAUCUGUUAAAACAUGAUGUAGAAACAUUAAAAUACCAAGCAGCGUUAAAUGCCUAGCAAAUGCUUAGAUUCAAGUUUAGAAAAAAAGUAUGUCCGCACGCAUGGAACAUGAAAAAUAAUAGCAACAAUUAUGAUUUAUUCUUUAUCAUAUUUGAGUAAUGUAUGCUCAGAUAUUGUAGGUUGUUCAGGAAGAAAACUUUACUAUUUUAACUAAAGUAUUAAAAAACACCUCGUUCAACACAAGCAAUACGUUGAUAUUACGCAAUGGAAGAAUAAAUCGACGAUUACACCAACGUCUCUAACUCAAUGACAAGCAAGUUUAUUUUGUUUAAAUUCGUAAUU